ACGGUGUCGUUUAAACAGCCGUGCAUUUAACUCUAUAAAUUAGAAAAUCUAAAUCCCUCUCUUCAUUCUUCUACUACCUCUGCUUGGAAACGCAUCGAAAAGUUAGGGUUUUCGCUCCUUACGAUUAUCGAGAUCGUCCUUUUGAAUUGAAGUAUGGGAAAGAGGAAAUCAAGAGCAAAGCCUGCUCCUAAGAAGCGGAUGGAUAAGCUUGACACUGUGUUCAGCUGCCCCUUUUGUAACCAUGGAACCAGUGUUGAGUGCCGCCUUGAUAUGAAGAACUUGAUUGGCGAAGCCUCUUGCAGAAUAUGCCAGGAAAGCUUUAGCACUGUUAUAACAGCUUUGACUGAACCAAUAGACAUAUACAGUGAAUGGAUUGAUGAAUGUGAACGUGUUAACAACCUUGAAGAAGAGGACGAUGGGGAUCAGGAUGAAGGUUAUGUGCCUAGAAAACGGGUUUCGACAUCUGAAUGGGACUAGCAGUAGCGAUGGAUGUUUUAGUACUUACCAAGGCUGUAAUUAUGUUAGUUUUCUGUGGGGAGUAGUUGGUGUGCAAGUAUGCAUAUCUUACAGCAUCUUAUGGUAUGAAUAGCCUAAAUGAUCCAUUGUAUGCUAAGCAAGAACUUCGUCAAAUGGCUAUCAGAUACUCGUUUUGUGUUGUUAUGUUGAUUUAAUGCAAUUACGUGAUCCUAAUAUGAA